AUGUCGCUCUCGUCGGGACCCGCGAAACCAGGCUCGGUCUCCAGCCGGCCAGCCACGCUCCCCGCCCCGAAGACCGCAGUCCUCAUAUCCGUCUACGACCUCCUGCCGCCGAGCGCCCUCUCCGACUUCCUGUGGACCAUCGGCGCCGGCCUGCUCCACUCCGGCGUCGUGGUCGGCGACCGGGAAUACGCCUUCGGCGGCCACCACCGGCCCGGGGUCACGGGCGUCUACUGGACGAGCCCGCACCUCGAGCCGCCCGGCGGGACCUUUCGCGCCGCCGUGCUGCGCGGGCACACGUCGCGCACCGAGAAGGAGACCGAGUCCAUCAUCAAGGACGUCUCGGACCGCUUCCUCGGCACGUCGUACAACCUCCUCACCUUCAACUGCAACCACUUCACCUCGGCCCUCUGCAAGGCCCUGCUCGGGAGGUCCGCCCCGGCCUGGCUCAACCGCGCCGCCCGCGCCGGCCGCGCCUUCCCCUGCUUCGUGCCGCGCGACUGGAUCGCCGCGCCGGAAUUCGAGACCGCCGGCGGCGAACUCCUCGACGAGGAAGACGAAGAAGAAGAGGAGGAUGGGGAGGAGAACGACGACUACGUCGAGAGCCGCUUCGGCCGGGGCGGGGACGACGCGGGCGUCAUCCGCGGCGAAUGCCUCGCGGGAGGCAAGCGGAUCGUCUUCACCACCACGGCGGAGGCCCUGCCGCCCGCGCGCAUCGUCCGAUCGAAGGACACCUCCGGGCGGGAUCUGCCCGCGGCGGAAAGGGCGCCCGUGCCGAAGAAGUUCUGA